UUAGUCUGGUUGCCGUCUGGAUGAAAAUUUAUUUUACACAUCAUUAUUCGCUCGACAUCAGCAUGGAAUUGUUGAAAGUUUGUUCUAUUGUCUCCCUGAUAUUUGCCCAUGUACUGGAAAUCGCAGGGGCUUCUUCCCUCAUCUUCCAGAUGGGAAAGUGCAAGUUCAGUCCGACGUAUUUCCAAAACUUCACCUUAGAAAUUAGAAACAACACAUUGUACAUGGAUAUGACCACCUCCAAACCGAUUCACCGCGGCCUCAAGGUCUUCCUCAACACCCAGAUCAGCCUCGACAAGGGCAGAAGCUAUCAACGCCUUUUCGCCCACAUCCUGGACACCUGUGGGGUGGUUUCCUCGGUGAGAGGAAACCUCUUCAAGAGCUGGUUCGAUAGUAUGCUGAAGCACGGAAACUUCAUGGUCAACUGCCCUGUUCCUGCGGGUCACUACUUUUUGCGGGACUGGAAGCUGGACUCACAGUUGGUCCCGCACUAUUUGCUUCCCGGAGAUUAUUGUAUCACUGCUCACUUUUUCUUUGGUAAGCACAAGUCGAAGCAAGAGGACUUUUUUCUCGACUUGGAGGUCUAUGCCCUUUUAAAAGCCACAUAGGAUGUAUAUUUGUAAAAAUCAGCCAAUUGAUUCGGGUUCAUUAAAAAAUUAAAAAAAAAAGCUUAAAAAUGCGACAUUUCGAAGUAAUUUAAAUCCAAUUAGCAAAUCAUCUUGUGUGCAAUUGAAUAACA